AUGAGACUGGGAAUGUCACAGUAUUUGAUUGGAUGUAAAGCUGCAGCAGAAAUUAGUCAUUUGAACUCGGUGUAUGGAAUUGUUACAGACUAUAUGCAGUCGAAUUUCUUGCAUAGUCUUGAUGAAAAGAUUGGAUUGGACGAACACACUUGUCAGUCCUGUUCCGUAUACAAUGAGUCACAUAUGGACACAUAUGGACACCAAUGCAACAAUCAAGAAUCAAUUGUCAUUUACAAGUCCGAAUUGCCAACCAACAAUCGUACUAAUGGACCAACGGACCAAUGCCAAAUCACCUGCACAUCAGACAGUUUAUUGGACAUGACUUGA